AACAUUUAUAUUUUUAUACAAAAAAAGAAAAUCUUAAAAAUAAGUUGUAGAACUAUGUUUUAUAAGCGCCUUAAAAAGCGUGUCGAGCAGUGAAAAAGAAACGUAUACAAUUGACUGGGACAGAGGGAGUACGUAAAUACUAAAAUCUUGGCAUGAAUCCAGCAUAUAAUUUCAAUUCAUCAGCCUCUUCUUUUGGCUUUUUAGAUCUUAAUAAAGAUCAUAUGCCAGAAUAUCAACAAUAUGCCUCCACCACUAAUCAUUCAGCACUACUUCAGCAGGCUACUGCAACUUCUUCAAAAUGUCCUGCUUUCUUCAAUUUAACUCCAGAUCACCAGACCGGGAGUCACCUCGGAGACUAUCCUCAAUCUUUGCAGAAGGUCACUGAAAAGUCUGUGCUAGAGGGAUCAAGUGCAGGGCAUGUAUUUUAUGCUUCUUCUCCGCAAACAGAAGAAGAUAAUACCAAGGACCACAAGAAAAUGGUUGAUCAUGAAAACAUAAGUACGAGUACUGAAGGUGACGGAUCAAUGAGAUGGAUGUCCUCCAAAAUGAGGGUGAAGAGAAAAAUAUUGCCUUCGAGUAAUAACCAUAGUGAUCAGAUCAAUUUUUCUGACCACGGUAAUAGCAGCACUGACGUGGUCGUUCGAGUAUGUUCUGAUUGUAACACAACCAGAACUCCUCUUUGGAGAGGUGGUCCUCGAGGUCCUAAGUCACUGUGUAAUGCUUGUGGGAUUCGUCGAAGGAAAGCAAGAAAGGCCAUAGCACUAGCAGCUCAUAAUAGUAUCGAAAGCGUUAGUAAAAUGGAUCAGCACUCUUCUACAAGGCCUUCAAAAUUUCACAAGGGAAAGAAAUUGCAUACAACUUAUCAUGAUGUCACACACUCUCGCCAAACAACUGGCAACUCAAAGCUUAGUUUCGAGGACUUUGCAAUGAGUUUAGUUAACAAGAAAUCAGCUGAAUUGUUCCCUGGGGACGAAGAAGAAGCCGCAAUCCUUCUAAUGACUCUUUCUUGUAGCCUUAUUUCUGGUUGAAGCUAACUAAUCAGUUUGCUACAUGAUUAUGUACAAUGGUAUCUGUUAAUUUUGUGAACUUGUGCCUGUAUUAAUGUGGAGAAGUGAGAUCUAAUAUUGUAAUAAGAGCAAGUCCAACAGUGUCUAGUUGGAGCCCUAAACAUAAUAUAAGAAAUUAUGUCCUGGUAGUUUAUGACAUAUUCUACUUGUAAUUUUAACUCCAACGAUGUGCUUUAUUUUCACUAUAUGUUUAAUAUUUUAUUAUUAAAA